AUGGAUACUUUUAAUCAUAAAGAAAGAGAAGGCGGAGGAGGAGGAGAAGGAGUUGAGGGAGUACUUAGAGGAGGAUUUGUAGAAGGUCGAGGAGGUGCUGUCGGAGGAGGAGGAGGAGGUUGGACGGACCAACUUUAUCCUGUAGCAGAGGAGACAAGAGAAAAGAAGAAAAAGAAGAUUGGGAAACUGUCAAGAUUGGUGAGAAAAAGAGAAAAGAGAGAAAACUUAGCAUCUCAGGUUCAGAAUGAAUCUAGUGAUGGAGACAGCAGCACCUAUGGUCAAAUCAAAACUUUUGAAUCCUUCUUCGAGGGAACUAAUCCUGUGGAACAAGUUGACCUUCAGAUCCGUCUGAAUGUGAAGAGAGGGAUGCAGGUCAACCUGCUUCAGGAGUACCUGGGGAUUAUUCCAGGUGAUAUCGAAACGAUGAAUGACUCAACACCCUACGCUUCAUCCCGUCUCAUUAUAGCUGGAUUCAAACCAGGAGCACCUGCGAUCAAACUCAAUGAUAAGCUACGGUUAGGAGACUGGAUUCGGUCUAUAGAUGGUCUGCAGGUGAACAAGGAGAACAUAGACUCCGUGCUUAGAAGGUUUACCUCCUCAUGCAAGAUAAAACUAACUAUUCAAAGAACUGCUCCGAUAUCCCAGAUCCUUGGAGAAGACGAUCAGCUCCUUACUCCACCUUCUAUACUCAAGAUUGUAACAGGACAGGGUCCGUCUCCGGGUGAUAUCCAGAGUAUGCUCCGUAAGCUCCCGUACAUAGUUCUCUAUCUCUCUAGACAAUCCUUGUCUGAAUCCUCUCCUGAGUUUGCGGAUAUUAUCUACCAGUAUCCUACUCAUAAUGUGUCAAAACUUGUUCAGAUUCGGGGGUUAUUUUUAACCUUGGCUCAUGCUCUACCAGAGAUAACGGGAUCAAGGCCUGUAACCUCAAGUUUACUGGUUGAAGAUCAACUGGUCCACGUUGGAUAUGCCGAGGAGCGGGAGGAUCUGUUUAUCCUGGCUCUACCUGCAACCAAGUGCUCUGCAAAGGAAGUUAGUCAAGUACUCCGGGAUACUGUUAGGGUUCUCAGACUUAAAUAUAAAACUAUGAACAAAGCGUUUUCUCCGAAGAAUCACACCGAGCUUCAUGAACUGUUCUCCAUUCUCUUUCUUGAUUUAUUGGUAAAUAUACAGAAACUAAGCUGUAUGGGUAAACCAGUUCUAGAUAUAUUAACUGUCCUGUCUCCUCAUCAUGCCAGGUUUGAUGAGAAUCUACCAGCACCUCAACUCCUCAUUCUACCUGAAGAAGUCAAGUUCCAGGUGGAUGAUACUCUUAGUCAACUUGAGUCUGGAGACUUUCAAGAGUUUUCUCCUGAUUUCCAUGAUGCUCCGCGGGAAUUCAAUAUUCUUGGAACCUGUCUCUUUCAUCAGGGUCUCUUAGUUGCCUCUCAUCUAUGCCGGGAUGACAUGGUGGACGUUUUUCUCUGGAGUAAAUACAAUCAGAUUCUUCCUUUAACUAAACUUCAUCCAGUUCAACAGAUAGUCAGUUGGUCGGAGAUAUAUCUAACCAGUAGGUCAUGGCCGGGUUCAACUCAUAAUCCAGACCCGGAGUCCAGAACGUUCCUGCUCACAGUAGGUCUCGGAUAUCAGGUUCUAUCUGUUAUCCUUGAGACUGGAGGAGGUGCUCAGUCUCCGGUUGGUGUUGUACGUCCUGAUCCAUUCUACGUAGAUCAGGCUUUAAGUACCCUGGAGAGUUUAGAAGAAACCGGUAUAGCCUCAGUCUGCAACAAGUGGUUGACUCUUCCACCCAACCCUGAGAUUUUAGACGUAGACAAACUGUUUGAGUCCAGCUCUGCUCACAAGAAACUCAACCCAGGACUGUCUGUUAGGAAGGAAGAACAGAUAUCAGGAAUAGUUCUCAAGAAAACAAUGAGUUACGAGUAUGCGUCAACUGAUUCUCCUUCAGGCUCACUAGAUGGAAGUAUCAGUUUCAAUCAAUCCCAGAAAGGAGAGGAGGAUGUAAUGCACUACAGAAUGAACCAGCUGUCUGUGAGUCCUGAGAAUACAAUCAUUCAUUAUCUACAUCUAGAUGUUGGAGAGGGUGUGUAUCUGUCUCCGAUCAAUUCUCCGACUGGUCCCUGGCAUACCCAGAUACUAGAUAACUUCAAGUCAGCUUGUCAGAUUAUUCACAGUGGAUUUCAAAUUGCGUUGAGUUCUAAUGAUCUGAUGAAAACUAGUUCUAACUCCAGUCCCUGGUUUAACAAGAGCUUGGUUGGAGUCAGAGAACAGAGCUUGUUGUUUCAACAAAGGUUGGGUAAAGGUGAAGAUCGUAUAUUUGAAUAUUGGGUUGCAGGACGUCUCUUCCUUGCUCCGCAUCCUAGGGAGUGUUACGUCUGCUAUCAUGAUUCUGCUCCGCAGAUUAUGGUUGAGUUGGCUUACAGACUAGCUUUCGGAGUUCAUCUCUAGGGUAGAAGUGUACAAUAUAUUAUUUAUUUUAUAACCGUCUUUCUUGCGCUGUAACAAAUAUAUUUUUAUGAUGAUAUAA